UGUGUGACUGCCAUAAAAGAUACACGCGUCUGCUGCCGCGUCCCACAACACAGACGCAGAUCCUCACAGUGCGACCCACGCGACACCUCUUGUUCGCGUCUGAAGUUGACGCAGAGGAAAACGAGGUGGUGGAUGUGCCGUGUCUCUUUGGUAGACUCAACUGUGACGAAAGCUUCGGGAACAGCGAUGGACUGAUGGGCCGCACUCUUCAGGAAAACAGUUCGCCGGUGUUCAGCGACAGAGCAACAAUAUCGACGACCGAGAGAGGUGCCAGCAACGACGAUGCCGAAGAAACAUCCGUAGCUCGAGACGCAAGAGGAUACAUGCGGCGCGCAAGUAAGGUGAUCGCGCCGCUGGUGCUGGGCUUCGUGCUCGCCAGUGUGGUGAUGGGCGGCGUGACGACGGUGAAGCUGUUCCUGGUGAAGGCGCUGCUGCUGAGCCAGCUGGCGCUGGGCGCGGCGCUGCUGCUGGCCGCCAAGUCGCUGCUGUCCGCCGCGGGUGGGGGUGGCCACCCCUCGCACCAGCCCUACCUGCACCACGUGCAGCCGAUACACUCGCCGCUGGUGGAGCCCUCGCCCUACCACCACAACCCCUACGCAGCUGAACACCACUUCGCUCCCUCUAUGGAGGGCUAUCCAGACUAUGGCUACCACGCAGUUGGAAGAUCACCAGAGGCAGUUCCAGUGGAGCAAGAAGAUCUUCAAGCGCACUAUUCCAAUCAAGUGGCGGUAACGGCGCCAGCUGCCGCUGGAGCGCGGAAUGCCACCUCCAGGAUGGACGUGCGGCCGGUACCAGCAGGUGGCAUCACUCUGGUCAAGAGCCAGUCACACCACGCGCCUGUCGUGGUGUACCGCAAGGUGGUGUCCACGGGACGUGCUGCCACUAGUUAAGAGAUGCGAACCAUCAGCGCUCUGAGUCUUUCGUUUAUACACUUAUUUAUUAAUUAAUUUAUUUAUUUAAUCAUCGAGUAAACAUUUUCUUACAUUUCAGCAAGUUGCCCUGAGAUAAUAUUUAAUUCCAGGGAACAUCUGCUUCAAAGAGUCGUUAUGUUGUAUGGGCGGGCUGCCAUCAGUUAAGGGCAGCACUCUUAUGUCUUUCGAUUAAAUACUUAUAUAUCUAUUUAUUUAAUCAAUGAGUAACUUCUUCUCAGCUCACAGUUCAGAAAGCUGGCCUGAGAUAACAUUUACUUUCAGGAAGCUGAAGCAACGAAACAACUACUUCGGAGAGUCAUUACGUUGUAUGGGCCUUCGUUUGUACAGUACUCCGUACAAGAUACAGCAAGUAUUGUCUCUGUCUGAUACUGAACUUUGUUCAUUACGUGUAAUAUGUUUGAAAGAAUCAAAAACAGUGCCGUUGACUAAUUACUGUAACAUAAUUUUCAAUAAACAAGCAGUUUUCUUAAUGUGUGUUUAGGGAAAAUAAUGUAUACUAAAUUUUCCAAAUCCAUCACUAAAUACUAAUAACACCCGUGUUUCUAUAAAUAGUGCGUGUUGAGAAUAUAGAAAAAGAAUCUUUUCUAUUGUUUUACUUUUUAGUGGUGUAAAAUCAAAGCAUCUAUUGGUUUUGUAACUAUGAAAGUGAGCAUAUGCAGUGUCUAAGAACGUAGUAAUAGAUACAACGAUGUUCAUUACUGUAUUCUGUGAAGAAUCUACUUUAAAUUUGAUGUCUGCAUGUAUUGUGUGUUGAUUUCGGAACUUCAAUGUACGUUGCUAAAUAGUU